AUGCUGCGACCCGUACGACUAGCGCGUCAGUCUGUUUUCCGGGCGGUUCCCACGCGGCGGAAAGGAAUCCGGGACAACAUCUUCACAGCCACUAAUGAGGGCAUGAGCUGCGAUGCGGUCUCUGCGCCUCAGCCCACCAUGCGCAUAACAGAGGAGUUUUUUCUUUCCCCUAACUUCAACCACUGUCGGCUAUGCGGCGAGGUGCGGUCUUGCGGAGUGUCGCAUAGAGGGUCAGUAGCACAUCAAUUAGUAGAGUCGAUCAUGUGGCUGUUGAUUGCCAGAGCCAGAAGGCACCCCAGCGGUGCUGUGGGGGUAGCUCCAGAAGCGGCUCGUGCUUUUUUUAUUGAGGAAACGCAGCGGUGGGAACAGGUGCUGCGUCACUCCUGCUGCCUCCCUCUCAAGCGACGCAAGGCUGCUGUUUGUGGGUGGGAAGAAAACAAUGAGUUUCUUGCGGCGAAACUUUUAACAGAAAUUGCGCCGGAGAAUCUGUGGCGUAACGUUGUGGAACGCAAAGCAUCACAGUUACGUGAUAAGCUUCAGGUCUUGAUGCAGUUGGGCGUUUUGAGCGUCGUGACUCCGCGUGGGGGUAAAACGGACACCGGCACGUUUCAGCGGGAUGCCGGGUUUCAACGGAUGGAGUGCAUUGGCGACCAUAACUGGGGGCAUUCCGUUUGCCAUCGGCUGAUUGUGUUAUAUCCGGAGGUUAAGUGGCGGACACUGUCGAACGUGUUUGUUGUCGAUGCCCUUCGCACAGUGCUGGAGAGCAACCAACACUUGGAUUAUGUCUUUACAGCGCUCCAGCUGGAUGACAUGCUGGGGUCCUGUGAGUCGCAAAGGAAAUCGACCAAAUUUAAGGCUGAUGUGGUGGAAGCCAUCGCAGGGGAGUUGCAUGUGUCACUGUGGUCACUGGAACCGUACGAUAUGGAUGGCAUCAACACCCGCUUUUCUUUGCACGGCGUACCAAUCACACCCUCAUUGGCCAUUUUUGUGAGAAGUUGUCUGAACGAAUUAGUCGAUAUUAUCUUUUAUUGCUACAUGGCAAGGUAUAACGCGCCGCUGGUGCGGACCACUGUGGAGCUUUUGCGCCGCGAGGAAUAUCUUAUGGAUUCUUCGUCGUCGCCAUUUUACGCUCUACGUGGGUCACGGCGGUGGCGAUUAAGCACAACGGGCAGUCCGCAUUGGAUUCUUCCCCCGCCCUUGCCGCUGCAGCGGGAGCCACGGCCGCGGGGUGGCCAUCCCAAUACACACGUGGCCUCUUCAUGGGCGAAUGCGUCAGUCUCACUUACGGCACCUGACCCAGGUUCUAAAAAGGAGGCGGUUCCAACUGAUGGAUUGCUGCGGGAAACCAAACGGCCCGUGAAAGUCCCUGCAGAGCGACACAUUACGCGAAUUGCCGUACGUGAGUUGAUAGACAAUUGUGGUGCCCUGGAUUUCCUUUCUAGCACGCAAUUAAAAGGCGGUUAG